AUUUCAUUCCAACGUGUAACCUUAAAACACAUGUCACAACCAAGAGCCCACUCAAAAAAAGAUUCAAUCUUUCUCCUUCCCCUUCAUAGUUCCAGUCCCCUCGUAAAAACCAAAACAGACGCAAAGCUGAGAAAAUUGGGAUUUCUCCAACACUUUGGAAGCUAUGGAGAAUGGAACAGCCGUUGUUGCUUCAAGGGAUACUUCGAGGAAGUCUACGGCGGAGAGGCCGUACAAAGGUAUAAGGAUGAGGAAGUGGGGGAAAUGGGUGGCUGAGAUUAGGGAGCCCAACAAGCGUUCCAGGAUUUGGUUGGGGUCUUAUUCGACACCCGUCGCGGCGGCUCGAGCUUACGACACGGCGGUUUUUUACCUGCGUGGACCCUCGGCUAGGUUGAAUUUUCCCGACCUUUUGGCUGGAGAAAAAUCCGGUGGCGGCGAUGGCGAUUUAUCGGCUGCUUCUUUAAGGAAAAAGGCUGUCGAAGUUGGUGCUAGAGUUGAUGCUCUUGGGGCAGCUCACCACCACCACCACAAUUAUAAUCAUGGCUAUGACGAGGAGUUGAAGCCAAGUGCGGGCGGGUUUUUACAUCGGGUUGAUUUGAACAAGAUGCCUGACCCGGAAGAUUCGGAUAUUGAAGGGGAAAGGGAACAGGAAGGGGGGAAAAAGGGAAGUUGAUUGAAUCAUGGCCCCUCCAACAUUUAUGUUUACAAAGUUGUAAUUUUUGGUCUGUCCCUGAGAUAAAGGGGGUGGUUGCUAGAAUGCACCGGGACAUUCGAUAUCGUACACACUGUAGUGGAUGUAAGUAUGGGCAAAAAUGAUGAAGCCUUUUGUACUAAUUAUUAGUUUUUUAAUGAAAAAUCUUUUUGGUUU